AAAUACUCAUCCCGAAUAAAGGGGGAAAUGCAUAUCACGACUUCUUCUUUUCCCACUCGGACAGGUUGUUGUCGUUUAUUCAAAGAACCACCAAAAUAUUAAUAUUAACAUGUUAGCAACUAACUAUAAGCUAUCACCAGCUAACAUGCACCACCAUCUCCACGCUAUUGUUCAUCAUCACCAUCCCCAAAGAAUCACUUUCGUUUAAUUCCGUAAUCUUCUUCUCUUCUCUUCCACCUCAAUGGCGGAUCCUCCAAGAUCCGACCUGUUUCCUUCUUCUCGGCUCGAUUCCGACGCCGGAGCUCUCUUUGUCCUCCAAUCAAAAGGCGAGUGGUGGCACGCCGGGUUUCAUCUCACGACGGCUAUCGUGGGACCCACGAUACUGACGUUACCGUACGCAUUCAGGGGACUGGGGUGGUGGUUGGGGUUUGUGUGCUUGACGACGAUGGGACUCGUCACUUUCUACGCUUACUACCUCAUGUCUAAGGUUCUCGAUCACUGUGAAAAAGCUGGCCGCCGUCACAUCCGAUUCCGGGAACUCGCCGCCGACGUUCUCGGAUCAGGAUGGAUGUUUUAUGUAGUGAUAUUCAUUCAAACAGCUAUCAACACUGGAAUCGGUAUAGGCGCCAUUCUACUCGCAGGCCAAUGUCUUGAUAUAAUGUACUCGAGUCUUUUCCCACAAGGAACCUUGAAGCUCUACGAGUUCAUUGCUAUGGUCACAGCCGUGAUGAUUGUUCUGUCACAGCUCCCAAGUUUUCAUUCUCUUAGACACAUUAACUGUGCGUCUCUUCUUCUCAGCUUAGGCUACACUUUCCUCGUCGUUGGGGCUUGUAUCAACCUAGGCUUGUCUAAACACGCUCCUAAACGUGAGUAUUCACUAGAGCCUUCGGACUCAGGGAGAGUUUUUAGUGCCUUUACAUCCAUUUCGAUCAUUGCUGCCAUUUUUGGAAAUGGAAUUCUACCAGAAAUACAGGCAACUCUUGCUCCACCAGCUACAGGGAAGAUGCUGAAAGGACUAAUUUUGUGUUAUACUGUGAUCUUCUUCACGUUUUACUCGGCUGCAAUUUCUGGUUAUUGGGUAUUUGGUAGUAACUCGAGCUCUAACAUUCUCAAGAACCUAAUGCCUGACGAAGGACCGACUUUGGCUCCUAUCGUCGUCAUUGGCCUAGCGGUCAUCUUUGUUCUUCUUCAGCUCUUCGCCAUCGGCCUCGUGUAUUCACAAGUUGCGUAUGAGAUAAUGGAGAAGAACUCGGCGGAUACAACAAAAGGGAUGUUCUCAAGCCGCAACCUGGUGCCGCGUUUGAUACUGAGAACGCUAUAUAUGGCGUUUUGUGGGUUCAUGGCAGCCAUGCUACCCUUCUUUGGGGAUAUAAACGCGGUGGUAGGAGCGUUUGGGUUUAUCCCACUCGAUUUCGUGCUGCCCAUGCUUCUAUACAACAUGACAUAUAAGCCUACGAAACGGAGCUUCACGUACUGGAUAAACAUGACGAUAAUGGUUGUGUUCACUUGUGCGGGCCUCAUGGGAGCUUUCUCCUCUGUUAGGAAACUUGUUCUUGAUGCUAAUAAGUUCAAGUUGUUUAGUAGUGAAGUUGUUGAUUAGAUCGAUGCUUAUCAUAUAGUAUAUGGAUGAAUACAUAGACGCAUUUUUUUGUGUACAUGUUUUAUUUUGGGUGAGGGUUUCUAAUAUGAUGGUGAUUUUUAGUUGAAAAUUACUAAUUCUUACAUGUAUCUUGUUCAAGUUUAUCCCAAUUCCCAAGACUUGGGAAUGUUGUUGCUGAUGGAUUGGCCAAAUCAGCCUUGUCUUUUGCUUAUGUAUCUCCUCCUCUAAUCGAGUAUCUCAUCUUUCUAGUUAUAAUAUAAGUAAGGUCUGACUAAAAAAAGGUUUUAUAGUUCUGGAAGAUGUUUCGGAUGAAUCCAAAAAGAAUAGAUCUUAUAGUUUUCCGUAUUUUUAAAAAGAUGUUUUUGAUUUUCGUUUAUAUUUGAAAAUUUAUAGUUUUAGAUUUUAAUCAAUGUAUUUUGUUUAAAAUUUCAAAAAAAGAAAUUAAAUGUAAUUUUUAUUGAAAAGCAAAAAUAAAUAAAUACAUGAAAAAUUAUUUUUUUUCUUUUUUUUUGCAUUUAAAAGAUUGAUGGUCUCAAUUUUAUUGUUGUAGUAGUGGUUUGCGCGUAGCACAAAUUGUUUGUCAAUUGAGUAACAUCUAUAUAUCUAUAUAUAUCUAUAUAUAUUAUUAAAACUGAAGUGCAGAUCAAAUGAAUUAACCCUUGAACUAACAGAUUUAUUACACUAAUACCACUAAAACUAUCUAAUCCUAACUUUAAACAUUAAUAAUUAGAUUUGUUCUCAACUGAUUUUUUUAUAAUUAAAAUAUGAUUUAAAUUUAUUAUUAAAAUUGAUUUAUUAUUAAUAUUCUUAUGAAAUUAACAUAUCAAAUAGUUAUAUUAUUAUCAUAAUAUUAUACAUAUAUUAGAAAAAUGUUAUUCUGAAUCGAUAGAGUAAAGGGGAUAAAUCAUAAACCAUAUCUUAUUAUCAUUCGAAGAUACCUAAUGAAGCAGUGAAGCAAUUGAUUGGAAAGCGAUAUAGUCAUAUUGUUAUACUUUCCGUGAGAUUACAUAUGUUUUUGCUAAACAUAUAAAACUGACAUUGUGUGCAGAUGAAGAUGCGACUGAGUUUCUUAAAAACUGGAAAAAAAAAAGAAAAAAAAACUUGUGAGAGCUAAUAAAUGGAUAUUCCAUGGUUCAUAUACUAAACUUGUGAAA